AUGUGGACUCCCAUCCUCCUGAGCUGGCUGCUCUACACCCUGGGGAUAGUGGCACAACCGAGGUACCUGAUCAUCAUUCCAGCUGCCCUACCCUACCCCUCAUCCCAGAGGGCAUGCUUGGACCUUCGUGGGGUUGAAAAGCCUAUUCGUGUGGCCUUAACUCUUGUGCACCCAUCUGGCAACCUCAGCCUGUACCGCAAGGUGGUCCGGAACGACUGGAUCUUCGAGUGCACCAGAUUUCAGGUGCCCCGACCUGCAGGCAGCCAGGAGGUGGCCACUGUGCACCUGCGCAUCUCCAAUGGCCACUACUUCAGUGUGAGUGAAGAGAAAAAAGUCCUGAUCCGCAGGGCUGGAACAGGCACCUUCAUUCAGACAGAUAAGCCCAUCUAUAACCCAGGAGAGACAGUGAAAUUCAGGAUUGUGACACUGACUGAAGAUUUUGUUCCUGUUAACAGCAAGUACUCCAUGGUGGAAAUUCAGGACCCAAAACAAAACCGCAUUGGCCAGUGGCUGGAUGUGAGACCAAAACAGGGCAUUGCAGAUCUCUCUUUCCAGUUAGCUGAUGAACUUUCCUUGGGGACUUACACCAUCAGUGCCCAGUCCUUUAAGUCCAGCUCAGUCCAGUCCAGUACCUUUAAGGUGGAGGAACGUGUGUUGCAAAAGUUUGAUGUUUUCUUUGUGGGACCAGCUCAGAUUUAUGCUUCAGAUAAAACCUUCCCACUGCAAGUGUGUGGCAGGUACAGUUAUGGGAAAGCAGUACGAGGGACAAUGCAUGUGACUCUGUGCCAGAGAACAAGGAGGUGGCUGCAGGAUACCAGCAAGGACAUCUGUAGGGAACACAGCGGUCCUACAGCGAGCAAUGGGUGUUUCACCCCUUCUGUCAGUACAUCGAUCUUCAACCUGGCUCCCAGAGAGGAAGACAAUAAACUUUAUGCAGAAGCCUCUCUCCUGGAGAUAGGCACAGGGGUGCAGAUCAACACCUCCAGCCAAAUCCUCAUCUCCAGGACAGCUGCAAGGGCAGUAUUUGAGACACCCAAUGAAUAUUACAUCCCUGGAGUACCAUACAGGGGGAAGAUUAAGGUUCAGGAUCAUUAUGGAACUGGUAUGAAAAACAGGAAAGUUUAUCUUGUGAUAAGGUUCAUGAGGCGUCGGUUUAUCAAAACGUACAUCACAGAUGACAGUGGAAUAGCAUCAUUCAACCUCGACACAACUGCCUGGAACAGCUCAUCAGUCUUCUUGGAGGUCACUGGCAAGUCUGGAAUUGUUGUCAGGGGUCAAAGGAAUAUCCAGAUCGGGAAACUGAACAGUAAGUCAUGGCAGAGAUGGGGAAACAGUUUGUUGAAGGGCUCGUUCUCCAUCCCUUUGACCUUCACUGCCGACUUGUCCCCAUCGCCUUCCUUAGUGGUGUACGCCAUCUUCCCCAGCGGAGGGGUCACAGCUGACAGCAUCCGUUUGGAUGUUGCCUUGUGCUUCCAAAACCAGGUCAAGGUAGGAUUCCCAGGUAAAGAAGCCCUUGCAGGGUCAGCAGUGCAGCUCCAGCUGCAGGCAGCGCCCGGCUCCCUGUGUGCAGUCCGGGCAGUGGAUGAAAACAUGUUCUUCACCAGACCAGACCAUGAGCUGACCAGCAGGAUGGUCUAUGGUUUGUUCCCUGCUGCCUACCGACGUGGAUACCCUGCCCAAGUAGAAGAGCAUUCAGAUCGCUGUGUGCAGCCCCAGUCCUCGUCAUCUCUGCUACGAGCAAGGCCACACAAUUCCUUCCAGCCUGACAUCUUCAACCUCUUCCGGAACAUGGGACUGAAAGUCUUCUCAAACCUUGUAAUCAAGAAGCCCUCUCAAUGCUCUCGUCGGGCGGAUAGGAAGCCAACCAUAGGGGUGCCUUCCACAGAAGACCAAAGAACCACUGAGGAACAUCCCCAAUUUACAACUCACAGAAGAUUUCACCACUAUUUCCCUGAGACUUGGAUCUGGAAUGUGUACUCUGUUGGCUCCAAUGGCAGCAGGAAUGUCUCAGUCACAGCACCUGCUGCUGCUGCAGAGUGGAAAGUCAAGAUGUUCUGCUUGGCUGGGAGGGGGUUUGGCCUUGCCCCCACCACGAGCCUCAGAACAGUUCAGCCCUUCUUUGUGGACGUGACGCUGCCGUAUUCUGUCAUCCGUGGAGAGACCUUCCUGGUGAAAGCCACUGUCUUCAGCUACCUGCAGCAGUGCAUACAGAUCCAGGUGGCCCUGGCUAAAUCCUCAGACUUCCAGGUGGAGCCAUGUCAGACUUGUAGGGACAAGGAAUGUCUGUGUGCAGAGGAGUCCAAGACCUUCAUGUGGAAUGUCACAGCAGUCCAACUGGGGACUCUGAAUAUCUCAGUGAGGACAGAAGCACUGGACACCAUGUCACGGUGUGGGGGCAGAAAGCCCUUGCCAGCUGCUGUGAGGGGGAGGCACACACUCACCAAACACUUGCUGGUCCAGCCAGAGGGUGUGUUAGUGGAGAAGUCUUACAGCUCCCUUCUGUGCCCAAGAGGAGGAAAUAUGGCUGAAGAACCUGUGUCCCUUCGCCUCCCUGACAAUGUAGUAAAGGGAUCUGCCAGGGCUUCCAUUUCUAUCACAGGCGACCUCAUGGGGGUGGCACUGCAGAACCUGGACCACCUGGUGCAGCUGCCCCACGGCUGUGGGGAGCAGAACAUGGUGCUGUUUGCCCCCAUUGUCUAUAUGCUGCAGUACCUGGAGAAGACGAGGCAGCUGAGCCCCGAGAUCAAGGACAGGGCAACAGGAUUCCUGCGCAAAGGGUAUCAGACACAACUUCUUUACAGGCACAGAGAUGGCUCCUACAGUUUCUUUGGGGAGAAGGAUGGAGAAGGAAACACUUGGUUGACAGCUUUUGUACUCAAGAAUUUUGGCCAAGCCAGAAAAUACAUCUAUGUAGACGACAAGAACAUCCAGGAUGCCCUACACUGGCUAGAGCAAAACCAGCUCCCCAGUGGCUGCUUUGCCACCAAAGGGAACUUUUUUCACUCCUCCCUAAAGGGCAGCAUGGAUGAUGGAAUCUCUCUGGGGGCCUAUGUCACUGUAGCACUGCUGGAGAUGGGUCUGCCACUGCAGGGCAAGCUGAUGCAGACUACUCUCCACUGCCUGCAGAAGGUGGUUCACAACAUCACCAACAUCUACACAGAAGCCUUGCUGGCCUAUGCCUUUGCCCUGGCUGGGGACUAUGAGACAACUCAGGAGCUGCUGUACAAACUGGAGGAACAGGCCAUCAAAUCAGGAGGACAGAUCCACUGGAGCCCCAGGCCAAGCUCUCCAGCCUCCACAGGCCUGUGGCCCGGCGCUCAGCCCGGGGACAUCGAGCUGACGGCCUACGUGCUGCUGGCCUACCUAUCCAAGCCGCGGGUGCACGCAGGGGACAUGACGGCCGCAGCCGGCAUUGCGGCCUGGCUGGCGCGGCAGCAGAACGCCCACGGGGGCUUUGCCUCCACACAGGACACGGUUGUGGCCGUGCAAGCCCUGGCGAAGUUCGCGGCGCGGACGUUCAGCGCGUGGGGGCAGGCGGUGGUGAGGGUGCGGUCGCAGAGGGCCCUGGGCAAGGCGUUCCCGGUCAGCCGCCAGAAGCGGCUGCUGGUGCAGCGGGCAGCGCUGGUGGAGCUCCCGGGGCAGUUCCUGGUGCAGGCCCAGGGCAGCAGCUGUGUUCUCGCCCAGACAGUGCUGCGGUACCACGAGCCCUCCCCGCGGGCGGCCGUGACCUUCACGCUGCGUGUCGGCACGGAGCUGGCCAACUGCAGCCAGCCGAACCCGCGCAGCCUCGCCGCCCGCAUCCUCGCCAGCUACAUCGGCAGCAGAGUCACAUCCAACAUGGUGAUCAUAGAAGUCUCCCUGCUAUCCGGAUUUGUCAUGACUUCCAGAUCCAGAAUGUUGCUGGAGAACAGAACCAUUGUUAAGAAAACAGAAGUGAAAGAUAAUGUGGUCUACAUUUAUCUGGAGAAGCUCAAUGAUGAAUCUCAGACUUUCAUUCUACAACUGGAACAAGUAAUUCCAGUGAAGAACCUGAAACCAGCCAUCAUCAAAAUCUAUGAUUACUACCAGCCAGAGGAGCGAGCCUUGGCUGAAUACCGUGCUGUCUGUAGUUGAGGAAUGAUCACAUUUCAGCAUACAGUCCUGCAUGAUGGACAUACAUCACUGUUCCCAUCCCAGCUGGACACAAAUUCAUGGUCUCACCUCUUCCAGUGAACCUGCCACGGGGCUGUAUCCAGACAGCAGCUCCACUUGGAUCAGGACCAUGUUGGUGGACACACGGUUCCCUGUGUAGCUGCAGCAGGAACCCAGGGGACAGCACUAAUGUUACUUUCUGAGCCAUGAUCUCCAGAUACUCCAGCCCAGCUUUGGUACUCAGGUGGAGGAAUGUGCCUUUCUUUCCAGUGUUUCUCCUGUAAGCAUACCUGUUCCUGUACUGUAAUAAAUCUUUGUGCUUCUCUUG